GAGCGCAGCGCUUGACUCAUGUCAGCAUUGAAGUGUUGAGAAGCUCCAGAUGAUCGAAACGCAUUUGUGAUGAAGAUGAUGAAGAUGAUGAAGAUGAUGAGUCGAGCUCUGCUGCUUGUGUUUCUCUUCAGCUCUGUGAGCAGCAGGAGGGUUCGAGGACACCGGGCUCAGAGCCGACAGUCAGAGACGCCCGAGAGUUUUCCUCUGGACUUCACGGCCGUGGAGGGAAACAUGGACAGUUUCAUGACUCAGGUGAAGAACUUGGCUCAAUCUCUCUAUCCCUGCUCAACUCAAAAACUGGAGCGGGAGAUGAAGCUUCAGUUCUUGAUGAACUCAUCCGUCACCUGUAAUGAUGGAUCACCUGCUGGUUAUUAUAUAAAGGAGUCUCGGGGAAGCCGCAGGUGGUUGAUCUUUUUGGAGGGUGGAUGGUACUGCUUCAGCAAACAAACCUGUGACAGCAGAUAUGAGACCAUGAGACGUCUCAUGAGCUCCAGUAAAUGGCCUCUGACACGGACAGGCACAGGGAUUCUGUCACCACAGCCUGAGGAGAAUCCACACUGGUGGAACGCAAACAGAGUGUUUGUGCCGUACUGCUCCAGUGAUGCGUGGAGUGGCGCCACAAUGAAGACAGAAGAGAAUGAUUAUGUGUUCAUGGGCUCUCUGAUCAUUCAGGAGGUUGUGAAGGAGCUUUUAACUAAAGGACUUGAGAACGCCAAAGUUCUUCUGCUGGCGGGGAGCAGUGCUGGUGGUACAGGUGUUCUGUUAAAUGUGGACCGUGUGGCGGAGCUUCUGAAGGAUCUGGGUCACACAGCGGUUCAGGUGCGAGGUCUGGCAGACUCUGGCUGGUUUCUGGAUAAUAAACAGUCUCGUAACACUGACUGCAUGGAUACUGUGAGCUGUGCCCCGACAGAAGCCAUCAGGAGAGGAAUCAGGUACUGGGGCAGUGUGGUGCCAGAACAAUGCCGUCGACUGUAUGACGGUGAAGAGUGGAACUGUUUCUUUGGUUAUAAAGUUCAUCCCACUCUGAAGAGGCCGGUGUUUGUGGUGCAGUGGUUGUUUGAUGAAGCUCAGAUGAUGGUUGAUAACAUUCAUCUGAGCGGUCAGCCCGUACAGGAGGGACAGUGGAGAUACAUUCAGAACCUGGCCACUGAACUCAGAAACACCCUCAAAAACGUCCCGGGUAUGUUUGCUCCAGCAUGUUUGUCUCAUGAGAUCAUCACUAGAAGUUACUGGAUGGACAUCCAGGUGAAGGGGACGUCCCUCCCGCGAGCGCUUCAGUGCUGGGACCGCAGUCUCCAGAACGGCCUCCGUAACCACGGCAACAGCAGCAUCGCUCGGACUCCGCCCAAGGGCUGUCCCCUGCAUCUGAUUGACAGCUGUCCGUGGCCUCACUGUAACCCCACGUGUCCUGCGAUCAGAGAUCAGCUGACGGGUCAGGAGAUGAGCGUCAUUCAGUUCCUCACACACCUGGGCUUUGACGUCCAGCGCAUGGCACAGCAGCAGGGCAUGGAGCCAAACAAACUACUGGGCAUGCUCAGUAACGGCACCUGAGAGAGAGAACGGCACGAUGCAAAUGUUGGAAUCUUUAUCCACCGGACAUCAGAAGUUCAGGAUCAGUUCUCCCAAAACUGAAAAUCCUCUCGUGUGUUUUCCUUUCAUAGACUGGAGGAUGUUUUCUUCUGCUCUCAGUUUUAAAGCCUUUAUAACAACACGGGUGACAAAAGACUUUCUGUGAUGACCAUGACAGUAAAAACAAACCGGACUCUUUGUACGCGUCUCUGAAGAUGACGGACAGAUGCAGAACUGCGAACACGAGAAAUACUGGGACAUGAUGAUAUUGUUCAUGGAGACAUUGAAGAAAAACAGAUUUCUGCUCAGGUUAUAUUUCACCACAAAAACACUUCACAUACAGAAGACUGGUUAUUUUCAAUAGGUCUCUUUCUCAUGCCAAAUAUUGAUUUUCAAGGGUCUACAGUACGAUCUAUGUCUUUAUUUACCUUUAUAACACAUGAAUUAAGCUACAUUAUGUUAUUUAUUUUCUGUAAAUCAUAUUUAUGGAUGAGAUGUAAAGUGUACAUAUCUACAUAUGCUGUUUUUCUGCAUGACUU